AUGACUACUGCAGCUACUGCAAAUCAAGCUGUAAAAUUACAAAGUCCUCAAAUGGUUCAAAAUGGACCAGAAAAUGAUAAUAAUCAAACUAAUACUACAAAUGCAACAAAUAGUGCAGUUGUAACCACUACAGCUUCUUCAGGUACAGUUGCAAAUGCAGCUACUAAUGAUCAAAUUGAUCAUUUAGCUCAAUCAACUGCUGAAACUUGGCUUUCAAUUGCUUCUUUAGCUGAAACAUUAGGUGAUGUAGAUCGUGCAGCUAUGGCUUAUGAUGCUACUUUACAAUUUAAUCAAUCUUCAACUAAAGCUUUAACUUCAUUAGCUGAUUUAUAUAGAUCUCGUGACAUGUUUCAAAGAGCUGCAGAACUAUAUGAACGUGCUUUAGCUGUAAAUCCUGAAUUAUCUGAUGUUUGGGCAACUUUAGGUCAUUGUUACUUAAUGUUAGAUGAUCUCCAAAGAGCUUAUAACGCUUAUCAACAAGCUUUAUAUCAUUCUUCUAACCCUAAUGUUCCAAAAUUAUGGCAUGGCAUUGGGAUUCUUUAUGAUCGUUAUGGAUCAUUAGAUUAUGCAGAAGAAGCUUUUGCUAAAGUAUUGGAAUUAGAUCCACAUUUCGAAAAAGCAAAUGAAAUUUAUUUCAGAUUGGGUAUUAUCUAUAAACAUCAAUCUAAAUGGAAUCAAGCUCUCGAAUGUUUUAGAUAUAUCUUAUCUCAACCUCCAGCCCCUUUACAAGAAUGGGAUAUUUGGUUUCAAUUAGGUUCUGUAUUAGAAUCUAUGAAUGAAUGGCAAGGUGCUAGAGAAGCAUAUGAACAUGUCCUAUUACAAAAUGAACACCAUGCUAAGGUUCUUCAACAAUUAGGUUGUUUAUACGGUAUGAACAACGUUCAAUUCUAUGAUCCACAAAAAGCUUUAAAUUAUCUAUUGAAAUCAUUAGAAGUUGAUCCAUCAGAUGCUACUACUUGGUAUCAUCUUGGUAGAGUUCAUAUGAUCAGAUCAGAUUAUACUGCAGCUUAUGAUGCAUUCCAACAAGCUGUCAAUAGAGAUUCAAGAAACCCAAUCUUUUGGUGUUCAAUUGGUGUCCUUUACUAUCAAAUUUCUCAAUAUAGGGAUGCUUUGGAUGCUUACACUAGAGCCAUUAGAUUGAAUCCUUACAUUAGUGAAGUUUGGUACGAUUUAGGGACUCUAUAUGAAACUUGUAACAAUCAAUUAACUGAUGCACUAGAUGCUUAUAAACAAGCUGCAAGAUUAGAUCCUGAAAAUAUCCACAUCAGAAAGAGAUUAGAGGCCCUUACUCAACAAUUAUCCAAUCCACAACAACAAGGUCCAAAUGGAAAUAAUCCACCUCAACAAUUACAAGUGCCUCAACAGUUACAAGUACCACAACAACCUCAGAUCCCUGGUCAACAACAAGGGCCAUUAGGUACAAAUACUAAUGCAACUGGUCAACAAAAUGAAAAUGGGGAACAAGUUCCAAUUAUGUUACAACCAACAUUGCAACAAACAGAUAAUGCUAACCCAUUAAAUGUUAGACCUCCAAACUCAACAAUGUAUGCGACUGGCCCAUUGAAUCAACAACAACAACCUGGCCAAACACCCCAACAACAGCCAGGACAACCAUUAUUGCAACCAACCCAAAAUAAUGUCGCUUUAACAAUGAACCCUCAAAUUCAAAACCAAUCCCAAUUAUUACAGCAGGUCCAGGUUCAACAACAGCAACAAGCUGAGGCACAAGCGCAAGCGCAAGCGCAAGCGCAUGCUCAAGCGGAGGCACAGGCUAGAGCUCAAGCAGAGGAACAAGCAAGACUCCAAGCUCAAGUACAAGCCCAGGCCCAAGCUCAUGCCCAAGCUCAGGCGCAAGCCCAAGCCCAGGCGCAAGCCCAAGCACAGGCCCAAGCACAAGCCCAAGCCCAGGCGCAAGCCCAAGCACAGGCCCAAGCACAAGCACAAGCCCAAGCCCAAGCCCAAGCACAAGCCGAAGCCCAAGCUCAGGCGCAAGCCCAAGCCCAAGCACAGGCCCAAGCACAAGCACAAGCACAAGCACAGGCUCAAGCCCAAGCCCAAGCCCAAGCUGAGGAACAGGCAAGAAUUCAAGCCCAAGCCCAAGCUGAGGAACAGGCAAGAAUUCAAGCACAAGCACAAGCUGAGGAACAGGCAAGAAUUCAAGCACAGGCACAAGCUGAGGAACAGGCAAGACUUCAAGCGGAAGAACAAGCCAGACUUCAGGCAGAAGAACAAACAAGGAUACAUGCUCGUGCAUUAGUAGAAGCAGAGGCAGAAGCACAAGCCAAAGCUGACUCCGAUUCCAAAGCCUUAGCUAAUGCCGAGAAUAAAGAAACAAUAGAAGCUGAAGAAAAAACUAAAUCUGAAAGUCAACCACCUCAAUUACCUCAAAUACAACUAGCACACACUACAGCUGAGGUUUCAACUCCAGUUUCUAUUCCUCCAAUUUCAGAGUUAACUUCAACUAAUAAACCAGAAUCUCCAAAAAUAACUCCAGCAACAACCACUGAAACAGUUCAAAACCAGGACCCAAUGAACUUAUCAACAAUGAAUUCUCCAGUUGCUCCUGCUUCUGCUAUUGCUUCUGAAGUUGCAGCCAGUGCCCCUGAAGCUACAACCGCAACUCAAACUGAAAUCUCCACAUCGACUUUACCCCAAAAAAGAACAAGCGAUAGCAAUAUCCAUAAUAUUGUGAACGACUCAACCACCGCUAAUACUGAAAGUCCAGAGGAAGAAAAAUUAGACGAACCAGAAUCCAAGAAACAAAAAUUAGAUGAUAAUAAUUCCCUAACCGCUGGUAAUGGCAGCGUUAGCCCACCACAUGAGACCACACCUGCUCUAACUGACCCAACACCUACCGCAACUGACUCAACACCUGUUCCUACAGCCGAACAGCAACCUUCAACACUAGUCGAAUCUGUGACCAGUGGAGGUAGCACAACUGAACCGGUAAAAGAGAAUGGCGCUACUCCAGAACCUACCACAGUGACUGAGACUACUGUAGAAUCUACGACAGAUGUUGUUACUGUGGAACCAAUACCAGCAACAGAGGAACCAAAUAAAGUUGCUGAAGAGGCUACAGUUGAAGCCUCUACUGAUGCCGAUACCAAACCUAAAGAAACGGAAAACACUGAAGGAACAACUGAAACGGUAGAAACAGCUGAACCUACGACCGAAACUGAGAAAAAAGUAGGAGAUCAAAAUAACAAAGAACUAUCAUCGGAACUUGCUGAAGAAACUGUUAUUAAGCCAUCAGCCGAGGCCAUGGAAGCCUUGGCGGAAGAGGCCAGAAUUAGAGAAGAAGAAGAACAUGAAAGAAACAGUACUAAUGGCCCAUCUGGUGAUUCCGAAAAGGAUGCCACCGCCAAGGAUAAUACCAGUUCCAAUUCUACCGAUGAUAAGAGUUCCGAACAAGCAAGAGAAAGUGUCGCUAGACAAGUUGAAGAGGAUGAAAAUUAUGAUGAUUAA